AUGGUCGCCAUGCGCCCCAAGCAGCAGCCCUCGUGGCUGGACGAGACUCAAGCUCGGGCGGUGCUACAUACCAUCUCGUUCCCCGGGUUUGAGGACGAGCAGACAUCCAAAACCGCCCCGCUCCCAGCCGCGACACUGUCGACACUGAGCACACUCCAGAUGCGCUUCCUGCUCACCUUCCCCUUCGAAUCACUCUCACUCUCGUACGAGCCCAACGGACGCAUGUCGUCCCAACUCGCUCACAUCUACUCCCGCCUGAUCACGCACCGUCAUGGUGGGGGCUACUGCCUGCAGAUCAACGUGCUGUAUCGCGAGGUGCUGUCCUUCUUAGGCUUUCGCUACGUCGGUGUGCUAGGUCGGGUGUUUUCGCCCAUGUCGGGCGAGUGGACGGGCUUCUCGCACAGCGCAACGCUGGUCUAUCUGCCGAGCCAUGUGGACGGCAAAGGGGCGUACUACCUCAGCGAUGUGGGAUUUGGCAGUGGGCCGUUGCGGCCGAUGUUCUUGCGCGAUGGGUGGGAGGAGCGAGGUCGCGGAAGUGACCGCUUCCGUCUGGUGAAGGGAGUUCAGCCAAAAUCAACGCUCGAGCCUGACCCCAACUCGUCUGAGGAAGUGGAUCCGGAGGUGAAAGCCGUCGCUGUGACACAGACGGCAUGGAUCCUGCAGAACCACAAAGGGCGCGAAUGGGAAAAGUGCUACUCGUUCCAUCCGUUCGAGUGCAACCUCUCCGACUGCCAUACUGCCAAUUACGGUACGAGCCAUCCCGGAUCGGUGCCCUUUGCGGUCAUGAUCAUCGUCGUCGCCUACCGCCUGGCCUCGCACUUUGACGCCGAAAAAUCGAGCGAGUUGGUCAAACAAGAUGGGCUUCACGAGGACCUUCAUCCGUACCACCCGAGCAUGGUAGAGCAGCGCAUGAUCGUGGAUGACAAGUUCAUCGUCAAAGUCGGGGAUGAACAGACGGUGUUCAAGAUCAUCGAGACGGAAGAGGAGAGGGUGCGGCUACUCAAGGACGAGUUUGGAUUGCUAGGUCAUGUGACGACCGAAGAGGCGCUGGCGACGAUCAAGGACAAGCCGUCCAGGUUGAAGAGCAAGGAAUGA